AACAUGUCAACAAAAUGGCGGAUUAGUGAAUAAAAAUAUGACAUGCAGAUCAAUUAAUGUUGUAUUUUUGGGGGGAAUUUCCAUCGACCUUUAAGCAAAAUGGCGAUAUACAUGCCUCCUCUGUGUAGAAGAAAGAAGGUUCUUGACAGAUACAACCCAGACAGUUUUAGAGUAAUCAGUCAGUUUGCAGAGGAAGGCCACACAAAACAUGAGGAAGAAGGAAAUUACCCGUCAGAAUGGAGAAAAAAAUGGCUUGAAAAUCAAGGACUUGCUCUACCAAAUAUUUACAACAGAAGAACAGAGGUUUUUCCUCACACAGUUCCUGAUUUUAGGGCAAACAGGCCUCACCCUGGGUCUUGUGGGUUUUUGCGUCAUAAUGUCAGACUUUUGAAUGAGCCAAUAUGCAGUGUGUACACUGAAAUUUCCAGUGACGAUAACCAACACUGGUGGCCCUCAAGAGUAUCAAACGAGCCUCUCUGUGUUCCGCCACGCACCCAUGACACCAUAUACAGGGCUGAUUUCUUGGAGACCACCCAGGAUAGAAAAGAUUUUGGAUCAUCACGACACACUGCCAAUCCAAAUAAGGAACCUGCUUUAGGAACAGUUCCUGUAAAUUUCUUGCGUCCUAAAGAUGGUAACCAGAGACUAUUCAAGGAGAAAAUAUCGUAUGAACACCAGUACAACAGCAGAAUAGAUCUGAACUACCCGAUCAGGGGAAAGCGGCAAGGCUCUUUCGUGUGGGACCCCAUGUCUGCUGAGGCCUCAAAUAAGUUCAUCAAUCACUACAAGGUGAUCACAGCAGAGGAAGGCAUCCGCCAACAGGAGAUUAGAGAGGCUGAGAAGAUGGCUGAUGAGGUUACCAAACUGCUGGAAAAAUCCAAAGUCAAUGAAAUUUCAACAGUUGCUGAAACAGCCUGUAUUCAAAAAGUUCCAGAACCAACCACAACACUCUCAAGUGAACCUGCGGUCUGUAAGCCAGAAAAUCAUGCACCGGAGGAAAAAAAAGGAUCGCCUGUUCAUUCAGCCAAAAUCACACAAGCCAAUUCUGAACAAGUUUCUCCAAAACAUCCAUCAUCUGGAAAGAAACCAACCUCUAAGCCUAACUCCCCGAAAAAAGUGGCAUCAAGGAAGAAUUCUGCAUCUGUUCAGUUUCAGGGUAAUUGUGAUCAACCAAUUGAAGCACCUGUUGGCACAAAGAAUAGCAGUGAUGAACCAGAGAACCCCGAAGAGUAACUUACUUUUUAAGUCAUAAUCAAUAUCUAACAUGGUCAUUAAUUUUGAAUAUCUGGUGCUCUGAUGCAUUUAUAAAUUAAACAAAUUGAUGUGAAGAGAAAAUACAUAUGUUCCACAUUUUUGAUGAAAUCUUAAUAUAUUUACAGGAGCCUGUCUCUUUAUUAUUUGUUAAUAACAAUCUAUGGACAUUUUUACAAUGAGAACAUUAGCUUUACAUAUUGCUUUGUGCCUUACAUUUUCCUACUUUAUGAUAAAUUAUUUGUUGUA